UUCUAUACCGGUGCUCCUGCGGGCGGCUACGUUAUCGUCUCUUCUCCGUGUUUUCACCUGUCCAAAGCUGACGGUGGGAUAGGGGAAAUAUAACAAAAAGAAGACAGUCAGCCUUGUGUCUGUAUCGCCCCGAGAAAUUUGCGAGCAUGUCUUCUGAGGAGAGCCCCGAGUAUUCACCUUUCUUCGCUGUGAUGGGAGCCUCUGCAGCCAUGGUCUUCAGCGCAUUAGGAGCAGCGUAUGGGACAGCAAAGAGCGGCACAGGCAUCGCUGCCAUGUCUGUGAUGCGGCCAGAGCUCAUCAUGAAGUCCAUCAUCCCUGUGGUGAUGGCGGGUAUCAUUGCCAUAUACGGGCUGGUGGUGGCCGUGCUGAUUGCAAACAACAUCUCGGAGAGAGUCACUCUUUACAAGAGUUUCAUGCAUCUUGGUGCUGGUCUGAGUGUGGGCCUCAGCGGUCUGGCAGCCGGGUUCGCCAUCGGCAUUGUGGGCGAUGCCGGUGUGCGAGGCACUGCCCAGCAGCCCCGGCUUUUUGUGGGCAUGAUCCUGAUCUUAAUCUUUGCUGAGGUGCUGGGGCUUUACGGCCUCAUCGUGGCCCUCAUCCUAUCUACAAAAUAAGUGUCUGCAUCAAACAUCAUUUCAUUCAUUCCACAUCAAAGCAGCAAGAACAAAUAGGAGAUUUUCACCUACUUCCAUUACACCCCAUGGGUCUGACAGGAUAGGAUGGCGACAGAAACAUGUUGGCGCUCGACUCUGACAGCUGUGUCCUCUAGAUGUGAUUUAUCCAUAUUGUUAAAGCCAUCCAGUUGUGUCAGGUCCUGUAUGUACAGAAUGGGCAUGAAGAUGUACUGGUUGUUAUGGGAUGAUGUGUGGACAGUCUGCUGUUGUCUGAUCUUAACCUGUACAGUGAUCCAGAGUCCCCCUUGUAAAUGUAGUAACCAGUCUGUGCUGUGAGUAUCAAUGUUUACCCCUCUGCCCAUACCCCUCCUUCAGUUCUUGUUUUAUGUUGGUGGUUUUGAGCAUCAUCCUCAGUUUUGAGAGUGCUGAAAAGUCGUGCAUAUUAGUAUUUAUUUUAUGUUCUUUUUUUUGGGACUAUUUAUUUUUUUAUCACAGUGGUGAGGAACUGUCAACUUUUUUUGCACUAUUUAUGGAAAGCUAUGAAGAUUUUGACUGUCUAAAUGGAAUAAUGUUUAUUGAAUACCCUAUAUACAUAAGUUAUCUGUGUAUAGUUACAUUUAUUGCACUGUGGGAGUUGUAGGUGCUUGGAACUCCUCUGGACGUGGUGUGAUUAUUAAUGGAAGAUGUCCACAUGUUGGUACUGUAUGUGUGUGUGUACAUGUAUGAAUGACCCAAGUGUAUAACGUGUGCAAGGGGAUUUAUGUUUACUAUAACAUUCUCAAACACUAGUAUUGUUUACCUGUAGUGCUGCUGUCUUUAUUUUUGUUUUAAGGUAAGAGCUCACUCUUCAGCCAUGCCUGUCAGAUUUCCAAAUAAAACUCAACCUCCUCCAGAA